GGGACGAAGGAAUGAACGAAAACAUUUGCUUUUAAUCCACUUGCUUCCUCGCUCGAUUUCUCUUUCCCUCUCCUUUUCCGGCAGUGAGAGUCAUUAAAUUCCCUUGCUUUCUUCAGCCUUACAAAUCCGAGAGUUAGGAGAGGGAUCUGUUGUUGGUGAACAAACCCAGAGUGAGGGAUCAUGGGAGUGCUCUCGAACAGGAUCGAUCGGGAAGAACUGAAGCCUGGUGACCACAUUUACUCGUGGAGGGAGGCACACAUUUAUGCGCAUCAUGGAAUAUAUGUUGGCGAGGAAAUGGUGAUCCACUUCACUAGAGGAGGUCAAGAAAUUGGCACAGGAACUAUCUUGGACCGUCUCAUUUUGAGUUCAUCUCCCACUCAUUCUGCUGACAAUCCAUGUCCAAAAUGCGGCGACCAAUCAAGGCUUCAUGGUGUCAUUUCUUCAUGCUUGGACUGUUUUCUCUUUGGUGGUCAUCUAUAUCGCUUUGAGUAUGGUGUCUCACCGGCAUUUUUCAUUGCCAAACCUCGAGGAGGCACAUGCACACUUGCCUCAUCUGACCCACCUGAAGAUGUCCUCCACCGUGCUAGAUAUCUUCUUCAAAAUGGAUUUGGAGUCUACAAUGUCUUCAAAAACAACUGUGAAGACUUUGCAAUUUACUGCAAAACAGGCCUUCUUGUGAGCACAAACAUUAGUGUAGGCCGGAGUGGGCAGGCAGCAUCAUAUGUGGCUGCUGUUAGUGCAGUAGUUUCUUCACCACUCCGCUUCUUGACCACCAGUUUUAGUGGUUUGGCACUAGUUGGUUGUGGCAUGUACUGUAUCAGCCGUCUUGUUUCCGAUAUUGGAGUACGCCGUGAUGUAGCCAAAGUUGCUGUGGAAAGGCUUAUAGAUCCGUCUAGCUUGAGUGAACCAGCCAGCACAAAUGAGGUGAAAAAGCAUAUAAAUCCGUCUGGCUCGAAUGAACCAGCCAGGGCAAAUGAGGUGAGCAAAAAAGACUAGAUGCAGCUGCACAAAAACUGUAUUGGAUAAUGGAAGUUUUAAAAGUGUAAUGAUGUGUCUCCCGUCGGCAAGUAUCUUAUUUGAGAUUUGAAUGAUUUGUUAAAGAUAUUGUGUGGUUUUUAUUUGUGAGUCUAAAUAUGUAAGAUGUUUAUCCCAAACGGUCAAGUCAUUUGAAAAUAACAUUACCCUCAGCGUUGUUGUUGACAUUAUUGCAACGCUGUGUUUAUAUGCAUAUGAAGCAUUAUAGGAACCAUAUCAGUCA